AUGGGUCUUCCUGUCAGAAGACAAACUCGCAUUAAGUAUUUAAUUGAAGAAGCUGUUCUAUGGAGAGCUUGGGACUUAUACAAUGCCAAUGUAUUAGAUUUUAAACAUUUUUUAGAAUGUACAAAUAAAAUGAUAAGAAUAUUUGAAAAUGAUCGAGGCCUAUUCUCAGUCAAUGAAGUUGAUGGUUUUAUAAAUGCUGAAAUCAAGAUGUAUAGUAAGUCUAUGCCGCAAAUGUAA